UCUCACAUAUCACACAUCGAAACCCAAAAACAAAGCAUUCUAAAAUCUCAGAAAUUUCACGAAAAUGGGCUCAACGGCAGAGACACAUUCAACUCCAGUGCAAGUCACCGACGACGAAACUGCUCUCUUUGCCAUACAGUUAGCCAGUGCCUCAGUUCUCCCUAUGGCUUUAAAAUCAGCUAUAGAGCUCGAUCUUCUAGAGAUCAUGGCCAGGAACUGUUCUCCCAUGUCUGCAUCUGAGAUCUCUUCUCAUCUUCCGACCAAAAACCCCGAAGCUCCGGUCAUGCUUGACCGUAUCCUCCGUCUUCUUACGGCUUACUCCGUCCUCACUUGCUCCGUCCGUACACUUCCCGACGGCGUCGACCGGCUUUACGGGCUUGGUCCAGUUUGCAAAUAUUUCAUCAAGAACGAAGAUGGCGUCUCGAUAGCUCCUCUCUGUCUCCUGAAUCAUGACAAGGUCUUCAUGGGAAGCUGGUACUAUUUGAAGGAUGCAGUUCUUGAUGGUGGGAUUCCAUUCAAUAAAGCUUAUGGCAUGAGCGCGUUUGAGUACCAUGGGACUGACCUGAGAUUCAACAAGGUUUUCAACAAUGGAAUGUCUAACCAUUCCACCAUCACCAUGAAGAAGAUUCUUGAGACCUAUAAUGGUUUUGAGGGUUUGGUCUCCUUGGUUGAUGUCGGGGGUGGCAUUGGUGCUACUCUCAAAAUGAUUGUCUCUAAGUACCCUAAUCUUAAAGGCAUCAACUUUGAUCUCCCUCAUGUCAUCGAAGAUGCUCCUUCUCAUCCCGGUGUUGAGCAUGUUGGAGGAGAUAUGUUUGUAAGUGUUCCCAAAGGUGAUGCUAUUUUCAUGAAGUGGAUAUGCCAUGACUGGAGUGACGAACACUGUUUAAAAUUCUUAAAGAAUUGUUACGAGGCGCUUCCAGAGAAUGGAAAAGUGAUCUUGGCAGAGUGUAUACUUCCAGAGACACUAGACUCGAGCCUGUCGACCAAACAAGUAGUCAAUGUCGAUUGCAUUAUGUUGGCUCUCAAUCCUGGAGGCAAAGAACGGACCGAGAAAGAGUAUGAGGCAUUAGCCAAAGGAUCAGGCUUUGAAGGCAUCAAAGUUGUUUGCAACGUUUUUGGUGUUCACGUCAUUGAGCUGCUCAAGAAGAUCUGAGAAAAAGCUUUCUUAGUGGUGCUUUAUAAAUAAGCAUGCAUGCUCUCUCUUGUACGUCUACUUCACCAGCUUAAUUGUUGUACUUAUGUGAUCUUUUCCGAUUUAAAGUCUUAGACUAUGAUGCUUAAUCAUGGUUGCCGUGCGACCUGUUUAUCAAUAAAUUGUACUUGUGUUUUUAUUUCUAAGAAUAAUAUAAAACAAUCCUCUAUA